AUGGAUAGUACGUUGAUCAUAGAUAAUGGAUCUAAUACGGUCAAGAUGGGGUACGCCUCUGACGAGAAUCCAUUGAUCGUACAAAAUUGUAUUUGUCGGUCAAGAGACCGAAAAUUGCACCUGGCGAACGAACUUAAUAGGCUUACUGAUGUCUCGCAAUUGAUAAUACGAAGACCAUUAGAACAGGGUCAGUUGACUUCCUGGUACUUACAAAAGUUAAUAUGGGAUGAAGGAUUUAAUGAACUAGUCAAUGGACACAAUGAUAUCAACUUUAAUGAAACUGAGCUGCUGUACACAGAGACUCCUUUUAGUUUUCCCGUUUUAUCGAGUAAUACAGAUCAAAUUGUGUUCGAAGAAUAUGGAUUCAAAAGCUAUUACAGAACCACAAAUGCGGCCCUGGUACCUUGGAAUAAUGACGUGCCAAAUAAUGAUUACAUUCCUUUUCAACUGGUUGUGGAUAGCGGGUUUGAAUGCACCUGGGUUAUCCCUGUCAUCAAUGGCUGUGUCUAUUGGAAAGGAGUUAAGAAGAUGAGCAUUGGUGGAAAAUUUUUAACCGGUUAUUUGAAAGAAUUGAUUUCUUUUAGGUACUACAAUGUCAUGGAUGAAACAAUUUUGGUCAACAAUAUCAAGGAAAAAACGAGUUACGUAGCAACGGAUUAUGACCAGAGUCUGAAGAAGGUUAGUCAACUGCGUUCAUUAGUCAAAGAUCCCAUUAGGAGACACGAUUUUGAUGCCCAAAACAAAUCAAUGGGUAACGUUGUACUGGAUUAUGUUCUCCCUGAUUUUAAAACAACCACAACAGGCUACGUGUUACAGGAUACCACUGCCAAGUUGGACUCUGACGUCCAACUAUUACGAUUAUAUGAUGAACGGUUUGCCGUUCCAGAAACUUUUUUUUACCCUGAGUUAGCUAAUAUCAACAACAAGUCCGGAAUAAUUAAGACGAUUCUGGAAUCCUUAGCUAAUUGUCCAAAACUGGCAAGACCACUACUAAUGGCAAACAUCAAAUGUGUUGGAGGAAACUUUGACAUUCCAGGAUUUAAGCACCGCCUCUUCAUGGAACUGCGCAAGGAAAUCCCUGAAACAUAUGUUUUGAAACUAGAUGAUGAAGAUGACAAGAAUAAGUCCCUCACCUACAGCUGGAAGUCGGGGCAAAUAUUUGUUAAGAAAGGAGGGUUCGACAAGGUGAAAAUAUCAAAACAGGAAUACUUCGAAAAGGGACUGAAUUACCUACAAGAACGAUGCAGUUUCAAAGCGUAUUAA